AUGUGGGAAGUCAUCCAGAAGGCCUUAGGUGAUGCUAGAAAUAGCAAAGGCACUGUUACGAUGACUGUACUGCAACAUUUUGUGGAAAAGGAUGCAGAGCUGAAGAAACAGAUAGAGGCUACAAAACUCCAAGGUGAGAAGUUGAAGGCCCGAGAGAAGAAUAUUGACCCAAAAUUGGUCCGCUUGAUGAAUGGCGACUUUGAAGGAAUAGGAUUGGAGGAGUUGAAAAAAUACCAUGACAUGUUAGUUGAAAUCAAGUCCAUGGUUGAUGAUCAACUCAACUAA